AUGGCUUCCACCACCCACAAACUCUUCACUCUCACUCUCCUCCUUGCUGUUCUGUCUCUAGCUUGCCGUACUACUGUUGCGGCACGGUGGUCACCGCCACGGAACCACCAUGGUGAGAUGCUGGCGGCUCGGUUGAAAGUAGAUGGAGACGCUGCCGGCGGUGGGGAAUCCAACAAGUGCUGGGACUCGUUGUUUCAGCUACAAGCAUGCACCGGUGAGGUCAUAUCAUUCUUUCUGAACGGAGAAACUUACCUGGGUCCGGGCUGUUGCCGGGCAAUAAGGGUCGUCGGCCAUGACUGUUGGCCGGCGAUGCUCAGCUCACUAGGGUUUACUGUGGAAGAGGCUGAGGUACUGCUGGGAUAUUGUGACGAAGAUGAACAAGAUAUCAUACAUUCCCCUGCUUCUUCUUCACCACUUUUUAACAAUACAGCUCCUUAA